AACAGUCGCAGACUGGACCUGCAACGGAAAGCACACACACGCGAGUUCGUCACUUCCGAAAAGGCGGAGAUUUGGUUCGGACCGGCCAAUUGCAGUUUUGGGCGUGAUUUGUACCAGUAGUGUGAAAAACGAUCGCGAAUCUCUCGUGCAGUGAUAAACACGGGCGUUUUUCAAACCGAGUUCCAAGUGUCGAUACCAGUGAGGCGCAUUUUUGGCGGGAAGUUUGCAGUUACCAUUGUUAGAAACAGCCUAACGUUUGGGAGAUAACAGAACUAGAAUAAAUUAGUGGUGUGUGAGCUGCCCUGUAUCGCCUGUACUGUGUUACGUGACAAUUCCGGUUUUUCGACAUCGUUGGCUGCCAAAGGAAAGGCGAAAGAAGAAACUCAAGAUAAAGAAAAAGUCGGUCAAUGAAUCAGAAGUGCAUGGGUUGUGCUUUAUUUGCGGUGAUAAUUUUUUAAAUGUUCUGCAAAGUUGUUGAAAGCAAAUGCUAGAGAUUAUGUUUUAUGUGCAUUCUUUUAGUAGAAAAGCAUUUUACUGAAGACAACAAAUCAAAUAUAAAAUAUUCAUAAAGGAUUAUAUUCGAACCGAGGUCUAGCUAAUUUCCAAGGAUGGCACGUACCUUCCUGGACCUCCUGUGGGACUACGGCGUGUUCGUCGUGUUCAUCAUCUUCUCCACGUUGGUCCCGCUGUGGGGCCGUUUCUUCGGCAAGAAGGAGAAAACCAAAGCGGACUAUGUGUUUGGGCUCGGGACGAUUUCCAUGGGCGCCAUGAUGCUUUCGAUCGCUCGCGGUACCCUCGGGGUACGAUCAUUCCUGGGCUAUCCAAGCGAGCUGUUCUACCGGGGGUCUGCCAUGUGGGAAACCCUGUACGGGAUGGUGACCGCCUAUCCGAUCGUGUGCUUCGUGUUUAUUCCGGUGUAUUUCAAUCUGGGGGUUACGUCCGUUUACCAGUAUCUGGAUUUGAGAUUCAACAGUCGCUUGGUUCGCUGUCUAGCGUCAGGAACAUACAUAAUUCGAUCACUUCUGAAUCUUGGAGUAACGGUCUACACUCCAACGGUAGCUCUGAACACGGUUAUCGGGAUUCCCUACUGGGCAUCGCUGCUUGGAAUCUCCGCGAUCAGCAUCGUCUUCAACCUUUUGGGAGGGCUUAAGGCCGCCAUUAUGGCUGAUGUAAUUCAGGGAGUUACCAUGAUUCUAAUCUCGAUCGCCAUUAUCAUCCAGUCGAUGAUCACUGUAGGUGGUUUCGAUAAAAUAUUCACGAUCCCAGCUGAAAAUGGUCGCUUAAACUUCUUCAAUUUUACUGGAGACUUCACGAUUCGGGUGGACACUACUUCGGCCUGGUUGGGGCAGCUAUUCAUGUCGCUGAGCAUCUUCGGCUGUCAGCAGAACUUCGUUCAACGCUAUCUAAGCAUGAGCACAUUUAAAGAGGUUCGACGAACUCUAAUGAGCAACAUUCCGGUGGUGAUCACGCUGUUCUCGUUGGCCUGGAUCGUCGGUAUGGGGGUCUACGCAGUGUACGCUCAAUGUGACCCAAUGGCAGGAGGCUACAUCAACAAAAUGGAUGAAAUCUUACCGUUUUUCGUGGAGGACAAAUUCAACUAUUUACCGGGAGUGCUGGGACUCUUCAUGGCAUCGCUUUUCAACGGAGCGUUGAGCUUGAACGUGUCCAACCUGAAUUCGCUAGCAACCGUGACCUGGGAGGACUUCUUGUCACCACUUCCACGUUUCAAGGGAAUCAGCGACAAGCAGCAGUUGACCAUUAUCAAGUUUAUUGGAUCUGUGUACGGAAUUAUGGUCAUGGGAGUAGGAUUUGCCGUAGGUCUUCUGUCCGGAGUGAUCGAGAGCAGUAUGCUGAUGACUUCGGCAACAUCUGGGCCAUUGCUGGGAGUCUUUCUAUUGGCCAUGCUUGUUCCUGUCGCUAACUGGAAAGGAGCUGCUUCUGGCAUGAUCAUUUCCCACAUCGUUACACUGUGGAUCACGUUUGGAAGUCUUACCAUCGAUAAGGAGACCGUAUUGCUGCCAACAACUAUAGAGGGCUGCACUAACGAAACCUUUUCGUCAGGCAUCGUCAAACCCUCCAAGUCGUGGCUCCUAUCAAACACGCCCCUUGAAGUUGAAUCGGAUUUCUCCUACCUAGAUGGUCCGCUGGAAGAGCACAUCUCACGCACUCCUCAGUUCCCGGAAACUCUGUACUCUAUCUCAUACAUGUACUACAGUCUGAUCGGUACCUUCUUGACGGUCAUCAUUGGAACCCUGGUCAGCUAUCUGACCCGACAUCGAGACGAUGCCUAUGACCACAAGCUCCUCCAUCCGGCAGUGUACCGCUUGAGUCGAAUGCUUCCUGGUAAGACCCGACGUUACGUCAACAACCCUGACAUCCGUCCCAAAAGCUGUCCCAGUUCCUCCAAAAAGAUUCCGCUUGAUAAUCCGGCCUUCGAGCCUAGUCUGGAGUCAAUCCACGAGAAAAAGUCUCCUCUUGAGCCGGCGGUAUUCAUUGUCCAUAUGCCGAUGCCCGUCGAAGUUCCGUCCAGUGUUCCCAGUGCCGAGCCAGCUGUAGAUUCCAAAGUUGGCGACCUGAAAGAAGUGAGAACGUGAGUCUCCAUCGUCGCUUCACCGUCUGAUGGGAUUAGUUUUAGUAAGUGUGUGCCGCAGAUCAUUAUUUAAUGAGUUUGUUUGUUAAGCCGUAACAAUGUAGAACACAAAAGACUGUGAUAAGACGUAAAUCGUGUUUAAGGAUAUUGAAAUAAUUACAAAACCCAGGUUAUGAUCCGAAUUUCCAUCCCUGAUGGAGUGAUGACUCUUUCAUGCAAUCAAAAAUAAAGAAAAUGUAUGUAAGCAUGUAAUACCCUUUAGAAUAAAACAUGUUGUCCAACUCUUGA